UAUAGAACAAAUAAUAAAAAUGAAAAAAUAAAACUAUUAGUAAAAUAUAAUUAUAAAACUAUAAUAAUUUUAAUGUCUAUGGUUUGAUGUCAAAAUAUUAACAAUAUGGUUAACAUUGUUAUUUGUGGGGUUAAUAUCGAUUUCCCAUUUGAGCCUUAUGAAUGCCAAAUAAAGUACAUGGAAAAAGUCAUUACUUGUUUGCAAAAGGGGCUUAAUGGUUUGCUUGAGUCACCGACUGGAACAGGAAAAACACUCUGUCUUCUUUGUGCUACUCUAGGUUGGAGAGAAACAUAUGUUGCAAGGCUACAGUUAGAACGAGUUGGUAAACUUCAACAAAACGCAUUUAGUGAUAGUUUAGGCUCUACUUUAGGCGAAGCUUCUGGAGAAAAAAAUGCAGGGGGCUCUUGGGAGAGAGGUUUUUUGGAUGUCCCUAAAAUUAUUUAUGCUUCUAGGACACAUUCACAAAUAACACAAUGUGUCAAUGAGUUAAAAAAUACUCGUUAUGUGCCAAAGAUUUGUGUGUUAGGUUCUCGUGAACAGAUGUGUAUAAACUCGGAAGUUAUGAGAGAAGAAAAUAAUAAUGGAAAGGUACAUAUGUGUCGCAUCAAAGUUGCUGGGAAACAGUGCUUUUUCUACAACAAUUUAGAAGCAAGCAAAGAUAAGGUGCCUCCAGGUAUGUUGGACAUUGAAGAUCUUGUUUCAAUUGGAACUGAAAAGAAGUUUUGUCCUUAUUAUAUGGCUAGAGAGUUAAGAAAAGAAGCUGAUUUACUUUUUAUGCCAUAUAACUAUGUAUUAGAUUUCAAGGCAAGAAAUGUUCAUGGAGUUGACCUAACAAACACAAUUGUGCUUUUAGAUGAAGCUCACAAUUUGGAAAGUCAUUGCGAGAAUAAUGCUUCAUUUGAACUCAGCUCCUUUGAUCUUGCAUCUUGUAUUGAAGAUUCUCAACAAUGUAUAGAAAUAUUAUUACAAAAAGAAGAAGAAGGCCUGACAUCACUAGAUGAAGCUUCAAUAGGUGAUCUUACUACUGAAGAUGCUUCUCUUAUGAAAACUUUAUUUUUAAAUUUGGAGACAUUUAUAUGUGACAUACAGCUAACAAAUGGUUCUGCUACAAAACCAGCCAGUUUUUUGUUUGAUGAACUUGCAAAGUUAAAUGUGACUAACAACUCAAAAGAACAAAUUCUUGAAACUUUGGAAAAAAUGAGUGGAGUCCUGGCAUCUACAAAAUCAAAAGCAUUUGGAGGAAAAAAUUAUGCACUUGAUAAGUUUGCUUCUGCAUUAAAGACUAUGUUUAUGAGAGUUUCAGAAGCAAGCUGUGAAACUUCAAAAGAUCAUCUUUCAACUCAAAGGUUUUACAAGGUCCACAUUUCUGCCGAAGAUGACAAAAAACAAAAGUCCCUUGAUGCAUGGGCUCAGUCAUCUAAACAAACAAAAAAAUAUUCUGCACGGACUCUAAGUUAUUGGUGUUUCAAUCCGGGGUUAACAAUGAAAGAGUUGCGUGAUCAAGGAGUUCGAUCAAUCAUAUUAACCAGUGGAACGCUUUCUCCCUUGGCUUCCCUUAAGGCUGAGUUUCUUAUUCCAUUUGAUGUUGAACUGGAAAAUGGCCAUGUUAUUGAAAAACAACAAGUUUUUGUAGGAAUUUUACCACAAGGUCCUGAUGGAAAAAAACUUAACUCAUCAUAUCAAUCUCGUUCCACUUCUGAGUAUCAAGUCAGUUUAGGAAACACAAUUGUCAACUUGUCUAGAAUUAUACCUGAUGGGUUGUUAGUUUUCUUCCCUUCUUAUCCUGUUAUGGAUAUGGUACUUGCAAAAUGGCAGGAAUGUGGUAUAUGGAAUCGCAUUGCUACUAACAAAGGCCUUUAUGUUGAAGGUCGUGGUAAACUUGGUUUUAAUGAAACUAUUGAUGAAUUUUAUUUGAAAAUUCAUGAUCCAGCUUUAAAAGGAGCUGUGUUUUUUGCUGUUUGCAGAGGAAAGGUUAGUGAAGGGCUGGAUUUUUCUGAUGCGAAUGGAAGAGGAGUGGUAAUUACUGGACUUCCGUUUCCUCCUUCUUUUGAUCCUAGGGUAAUUUUAAAACAACAGUAUUUAGAUGAACAUAAAUCCAACGUUACAAUUAGUGGAAAAGAGUGGUAUCGACAACAAGCAUCUCGAGCUGUCAAUCAAGCGAUUGGUCGUGUUAUAAGACAUAAAAAUGAUUUUGGUGCAAUUUUACUUUGUGACGAACGAUUUUGUCAACCAUCUGCGAAAGAGCAUCUGCCUUCAUGGAUUAAACAGCAAACUAAAGAGUACAAAGACUUUGGCCAAGCCCAGCGUGAUCUAGUUAUAUUUUUUCGAAAUAUCCAAGAAAAGAUGGGCACGGUUUUAACUAAGUGUAAAAGCAAACGAAAGGUUGAAGUAUACGAGAAUCCCUCAAGUCAUCUUGUGAAUGCCAAAUCUAAGUCUAUUAAACUUACACAUAUAAGUCAGCGAGACGAUUUUCAAAAUACAACAUGUUUCAAUGAAAGAAACGAUUCCAGAAUUUCAGCAGCAAAAAGCUCAGUGCCAUCAGAAUCGCUGGCAUUAUUGAAUGAAAUAAAAGUUCAAGAAAAAUUUAGUAUAUUUGAUUCUUUACAAAUGAAAGAGAACGAAUGUAAAAAUAAAAUACCUCCGAGUGCGUCACUGUCAAUGAAUAUAUUAUCAAAAAAAACUGUUACUCCACAUAAAGUUAAAAAAUAUAAACUUAUAAAAAAUAUCGCUAAUACAGAAAAUAUUGUUACCACAAAAUGCUCUUCGACAGAUAUUGUUACGACAAAAUGUUCUUCAACAGAUAAUGUUACGACUAAAAAUAUUUCAAUAGAUGCUUAUAACGACAAAAAAGAAAACACAAAGGAAGACGCGAAGCAAUAUCUGAUUAAGGUAAAAAGUAUUCUAUCCAAAGAGCAGUAUGCUGACUUUGGAUCUUCUAUGAUGUGUUAUAAAAAAAAUGGUGAUAUCCGAUCCUUAAUUGACGGUUUUGAUAAGUUAUUCGAUAAAAAAAGUUUGGUACAUAUGGAUUUAAUUCAAGGGUUUAGUUUUUUUGUUCGGAAAGACAAUGACAAGAAAUUGUUUUCAGCAGCCAUUGACAGGUGGUUAGCUACUUGGUGUGUUAUUUGCAAGAAUGAAGCUUUGAAGCCGCACUUCCCCCCAUGCAACCAUAUGGGUUGUUAUCCGUGCUGGUUUCAACUUAGACGAAAUGGUAUGAAGUGCCCUGAAUGUGGCUUGUUAUUUAAGUGGCGACAGCUGAGUAAGUCGUAUUUUGACGGUGUUGUUGGAUUGAAUGGGUACGAUUUUAGUCAACUUUUGUAAAAGCGUUUAUAGAUUAUAUAAUAUUUAUAAAAAUGCUUUGACGUUUUCACGCUACGUACGCUGUCUUUUGCUAUUGUAUCAUUUACUUAUAACUUUCUUUAAUUUAACUAUUUGUUACUCAUUUUUGUUUUUUAAC